CACGUGACCCGGCCCCGCCCCCAGAGGCGGCCCCGCGCGGAGGGGGAAGGACGCGGAGCUGUCGGGCGGGACCGCGGGGCCCGAGCGUCUGCGCGGCGGCAGCUGCUCUCACCCGGGCCGGACGGAGCGGGCAGCGGGCACCAUGGAGCCCCCCUCGGCCUCUCCCCGAGCAGGGCGCGGCCCCUGGCAGGAGCUCCUGCUGGCAGUCUCACUCUUAGCCUUCUGGAACCCGCCCACCACUGCCCAAGUCACUAUGGAGUCCGUGCCUCCCAAUGCUGCUGAAGGGAAGGACACUCUUCUGCGGGUCCUCAAUCUGCCUGGGGAUACAGCAAGCCUUGCCUGGUUCAAAGGGGAAACUGUAUUGCCUGCCCAUCGAAUUCUAUUAUAUGUAAUAGACACCAACGUCACUACCCCGGGGCCUGCAUACACUGGCAGAGAGACAAUAUACCCCAAUGGAUCCCUGCUGUUCCAGAACAUCACCCUGAACGACACUGGAUCCUACAUCCUACAAAUCAUAAACAGAAAAUUUGAAAUUGCACUAGCACGUGGACAGCUCCGAGUGUUCCCAGAGUUACACAAACCCAGCAUCACAAGCAACAACUCCAGCCCUGUGGAGAAUGUGGAUUCUGUAGUGUUAAUGUGUGAAGCUCAGACUCAGAGCACAAGCUGCCUGUGGUCAGUAAACAGUAAGAGCCUCCCGGACAGUCCCAGGCUGGAGCUGUCCCUGGACAACAGGACUCUCACUGUACAUGGUGUCACAAGGAAUGACACAGGACCCUAUGAGUGUGAAACUUGGAACUCAGUGAGUGCUGAUCGUAGUGACCCAUUCACCCUGAAUGUUCUCUAUGGCACACCCACCAUUUCCCCCCCAGACUCCUAUUACCGUCUAGGGGCAAACCUCAGUCUCUCCUGCCGCACAGCCUCUAACCCACCUGCACAAUAUUCUUGGCUUAUCAAUGGGAGGCCUCAGCCAUCCACACAGGAGCUCUUCAUCUCCAACAUCACUGCGAAUAAUAGUGGAUCCUAUACCUGCCUUGUCUAUAACAAUGGCACCCGCCUCAAUAAGACCACAGUCAAGACUAUCACAGUCUCUGAACUGAACAAUAUAUUGUCCCAACCCCUUCUCACUGGCAGCAGCACCACAGUCACAGAAGAUGACUCUGUGUUCCUGACCUGCUCCUCAAGUAACACCGGGGUCUCUAUCCAGUGGUUCUUCAAUGACCACAUUCUAAUGCUCACGGAUAGGAUGAAGCUGUCCCAGGACAACAGCACCCUCACCAUAGACCCUGUCAGGAAGGAGGAUGCCGGGAAAUACAAGUGUGAGGUCUCCAAUCCGGUCAGUUUCCGCAAAAGUGACGCUGUCAGGCUGGAUGUGGAAGAUGAAAGAAGCACCGUAGGCCACUCUGUGAGGUCCAUUAUAGGCAUUGCACUCGGGGUUCUGCUCGGACUAGCACUCGUGGCUGCCCUGGGGUGUCUCCUGCUCCGCACAAGGAGUCGAAGGGUCAGUGAUCUCAAAGAACUCCGGAGCCCAGCAUCCACCCCCGGCCAUGGUGCAGCCAGCAGGUGCACAUACCCGGACUCCCUGCCCAGCCCCACAGCAGCAAUUCCUAUCUACCAGGAAUUACAACACCCUGACACAAGCAUUUACUGCAGAAUCAACCACAAAGCAGAAGUAGCUUCUUAUUUUCCCCCUGGGAACUGUUCCUUCCAGGAGCCUUCCUAUGACCCCAGACCCUAGGUGGUGUCAGGGGUCGCAGCCUGAGCCAGAGAACCAGUGCUAAGACUUAAGGAUAUUCAGGGACAUGGACCCAGGUUUGGGUACCUCCUGUUCUCUGGAGAUCCACAGGCUGGCCUGAAUCAGACAAAGGCCUGCAUCUCCCAGGAAGCAGAGGUUCCCAGGGAAAGUGUCCUUACUCCUGACUCACCAUGGACAUGGUGAGAGGAUCUGAAUA